ACAAAGUAAAUGAAAAAAGUAAUUUUGUCUUUAAAGAUUUAAAUUUAUAUUACUUUUUCUCUUGUAGAAAAGCACUUAUUAAAAAAACUUGAGUUAAUGGCAUAUAUAUACAAUGGACAGUCAAAAAGUUCCUGGAAUUUCAUUGUUAUUCUUUAUCACCACAAAUAAUUAAUUUUAUUUUACUACCACUAUAUUUAUUUACUACUACUAGAAUUCAGUAACAGGCAGUGUGAUAUCAGUAUAACUGAAGGUAGGAGUAUGUGGUGAUCAGUUGUUGCAGUGUCAAAGUUUGAGCAAAGGACAAACAUCAAGUUCUGCUUCAGAGAUUUAGUUAGCCUUAUAAACAGUUUAUGGUGAUGCUUCUUUAAAGAAAAUAACCAUUUAUGAGCUAUUUUCAAGAUUUCAGGGUGAACAGGAAACUCUAUAACUGGUCCAAAAUGGUCCAAAACUAUUUCUAUUCGCAGUAGAUGAUCUUUAACUUCUAGAAACAAAGAAAUGGUCAAGCAAGUGAAACAAUUAAUCGGAUCAGACUGAAGAAUGCCUAUCAAAAGGUUGGCACAGGAAGUGGGGAUCUCUCAAGGAUCCAUUCACGCAAUCCUUGUCAGAUGAUUUGAAAUGUCUAGUCCAAAGUUUCUUCCGCGGCUGCUGAACCCAAAUCAGAUGGAACCUCAUCAGCUUACUGUGGCUGAGUGUUUUGAAAAAGAAGACAAACCAACAUUUCUUGAAACAAUUGUUAGUAGUGAUAAGACCUGAGUGUAUGUUUACGACCCAGAUGCAAAAGUGCAGUCAUUAGAAUGGCACACAACGUCCUCUUUUCGACUGAAAUUACACCAUGUCAGAUCUAAAACAAAAGUGAUGCUCAUUGCAUUUUUCAACAAUGAAGCAGGGGUGCACCAUGAAUUUGUACUGGCUGGACAAACUGUUAACGGUCCUUUUUACAUGCAAGUUUUAAAAAUACUGAGGGAGACAAUUCGAUGAAAAUACCACACCAAAUGGCAAGAAUCAUGGUCACUACAUCAUGAUAAUGGUUUCUUCGACACAUCAAUUGUUGUGUAGACAUGGCUUGCAGAAAAAAUAUUUCUGUCCUCCACCAGCCUCCUUAUUCAGCGGAUUUCUGGCUUUCUGCUGAUAUAAAAGUGAGCCUCAAAAAUAGCCAUUUUGACACCACAGAAGACAUCAAAACCAAUGCAGUGGCUGAACUUCAGAAGGUACCACAACAGAAUUGUUAUCAUUGUUUCCAGCAAUGGCAGGAGGAGUGGACUAAAAGUGUCUCAUGUUCUUCCAAGCUUACUCAAUAUGCCUCUUUAUGGAAUGAAAUGGAAUGCAAAAUUCAGGAAAUUGAAAAACAGUCUCAUAAAGAGACAUUUGACAGUAUCGUUAAUUUUAUAAACCAGUGUUCUCUUACUUCUGUACAAGAAGUGGAUGAAAUACCUUCUGUUGUAUUUGUGAUGGGUGUUAACAGACCUGACCAUUCUAAUAUUUUUGCACUCUUGGAACAUCAUUUGCAUACAAAUAAAAUGCAUGGAACUGUUAUCCUUGAGUCAAAAAAGUGCUGGAAUUUCUCAAACAUGUUACAAAUUAUUGUUAAUGAAAUUGUUGCCAAGUAUCAAAAGAUUUUAGGUUUUACUGAGGUGUCUGUGAAAAAGCAAGAUUGUUCUUUUGAGAAAUUGUAUACAUUGUGGCAAAACAACUUUUGCGAAGAGACAAACCCAAAAAUGUGUUAUAAGAAUGUUUCUUCUGAUCCAAUGUUGAAACCUCUGAUUUUUUUAAUACAAGAUGUGGAAGCUUUCAGUGUGGAGCUUCUACAAGAAUUAAUAUUUGUUUGCAAAAGGUAUGCUGGUAAACUACCAAUAGUUUUAGUUUUUGGUAUGGCGUCUGCAAUGGUUACAUUACAUUCCAUGUUGCCUCAAAAAGCACUAUGCUGCCUUGGUAUUGAAACAUUUUAUACUACUUGUGCUUCAGAAUCUUUAACAAGAAUCAUCGAAGAAGUGAUUAUUUCUCCCCAGAUGCCUUUUAAAAUGGGACCUCGAGUAUUUAGACUGAUUAUUGAUAUUGUGUUAUAUCAUGACUUCUCAGUUUUAAAUCUCACUCAUCUGUUAAAAUAUUCUGUUGCAGAACACUUUUUUGGAAGUAGUAUUGCAAAAUUAUGCUGUAAUGAAUCAGAAAUUCAGAAGAAGGUUCAAAAUAUGGACAGUGAGGAUCUUGAACUUCUGAAAAUGCUGCCAUCUUUUCAAAUGUACUUAAAAACUAAGCCAAACCUUACACCACAAAAAGAUUUUAAGGUUACUGUCCUGAAACUUUUCAAAAAGAUUUUCCGUUAUCAGAAUAUUGUAAAAAUUUUAUUGAAAUUCUUACAUUGUUUAGUAAAGGAUUUGCCUGGUUAUCCAUUAGGAAGAAAGUUCAGGGAACUGUAUUCUAUAUUUCUAGAAGAGGAAAUAGUUAAUACUGAUGCUUAUGCAGAAGCAUUAAAACUUUUAAAGAUGCUAUCUCAUAAUGAACUAGUCAUAAAGUUGAAAGAAUGUCAUGAAAUAGUGAAUGCUCCAGAAUCCGUUUUAUUAAAUGCAUCUGUGUUAAUCCAUGCAAAGACUGUUUUAGAAUGUUGGAUUGAGAAGCUUAUGAACCUAAAUGCUGAUGAUUUUGAAAAGAAACCAUUGCAAAAUCUUUUAUUAAAUAAAAAUGAAAAGUUGAGCAGAUUUCGACUGCAAGAGAAAAUGUUAUCAACAAUACAAAAUAAUCGCUCCAAAUUUGAAUCAUUAAGGAAUGAAAUUGUCAGUAAUCUUUAUGCAUUUUUUGGGGAUAUUCGUUCUCCAUCAACAUUUCCCUUUCAUGAAAUAUUUUACUUUGAUGAUGUUUCAUCUUUGAAAAAACAUUUGUUAACAGUUCCAAAAAUUACUUUGUGUCGAACACUCUCCAAUCCACACAGAUGCCUAAAAUGCAAUUGCUGUAAAAUAAUAGAGACAGGAGAAAUUCAACCUUCUAUGCCUGACAUAGCUGUUUUGUACAAACUUCACCUUGAAUCAGGGAAAUUGAUCAACUUGUGUGACUGGUUGACAGCAUUCAAAUCUAUAAAAGAUAAAGAUGAAGAAAUUAAAACAAAACUCAAGAACAAGAAGAAAAGAAAAUUAAAUGAUUCUGAACUAAACAUUCGUUUCAUACAAGCCGCAUCAGAAUUGGAAUUACUUGGCUUUAUUAAACCAACCAAAAGGAAAACAGAUCAUGUAUCAAGAUUAACUUUUGUUACUUUUUAAAGUAAAAACUAGAGAAAAUAAUUUUUUAUUAAAUAAAAUAUUUUUCAAGUAUUA